UCACCCAACACAUGGAUGCCAGGAGGAUGGCUUGGAGUGAACAAGGUCACAGGCGAGUAUCAGAGCAUCACUUCAUGGGAGAAUCCCGAGAACCCUGCCCCCGGGCUUUUCGCUGAAAGUAUGGAUCCCGAUGGAUCCAAUCAGUUUGUAUUGCUGUGGAAUGGCUCUGAAGUUUAUUGGAGCAGCGGGCUUUGGAAUGGCCAGUACUUCACUGCGGUCCCUACGACCAGUGAAAGUAGUCCCUUCAACUUCACCUUCACCGACAACAAGCAGCGGAAGUAUGCCAUGUAUACCAUCCUCGACAGUUCUUUCAUCACUCGGUGUGUGAUUGAUUCAUCUGGGCAAUUAAAGCAAUGGUAUUGGCUGAACAGCUCCCAGGAGUGGCAGACAGUCUUUACUCAACCUGUGGCCCAAUGUGAUGUCUACUCUCUAUGUGGCAUUUUUGGCAUCUGCGACCAGAAAAGCUCGGAUAAUAUUUGCAGCUGCUCCCCUGGUUUCGAACCAGCUUCAAUGGAAGAAUGGGAGCUCAACGUUUGGAGCUCAGGGUGCGUGCGGAAAACCAGUUUGCGAUGCAGUAAUCAAAGCUCGGCUGGUGGAGAAGAGGAUAGAUUCCUUGAGAUGACCAAUGUGAGAUUGCCUGCCAGUCCACAGAACUUGACUGUUGGGAGUGCUGAAGACUGCGAACAAGCUUGCUUGAACAACUGCUCUUGUAACGCGUAUGCUUAUGUGAGUGGAUGCUUAAUUUGGACUGGGGACCUUCGGAACCUUCAACAACUCUAUGUUGGUGAUAGUGGAGCUGGUACUCUUCAUCUCCGGCGCGCUGCCUCUGACUUCCCCGGUUCAAGUAGCUCACAUAAAUUUGUAAUUGAUCUAAGUUCUUGGGAUCUUGUGCGUUCUUGUAGGACUAAUUUGGACAUUUCAAAGGAGGAAACUAUCAGAUCACUCAUUUUGUCUGCACACAAGCUCCGUUUGCUACUUUGUGAAGGAUUCCAGAUGGCUGCGAAGUUUGAAAUCGAGAAGUUCGACCGGAAUAUUAGUUUCAAUAUUUGGCAAGUUAAGAUGCGCGUGAUCUUGACGCAGCUGGGGUUGCAGAAGGCGUUACUUGGAAAGGAGAAGAUGCCGGCCACAUUAUUUGAAGAAGAGAAACAAGAGAUGGAUGAGAAAGCUCUGGCUGUGAUUCAGUUGUGCUUGUCGAACGAAGUUCUGCGGGAAGUCAUCCAUGAGAAGUCAGCGGCUGCUUUGUGGUUCAAAGAUUCUAUUUCUAUUGAAGAUGUGAAAUCAUCCCUAUUUUUGAAAGAGUUGAUGGAUAGGGACUUAACUAGUGGUAGCAGUGAAGGAGUUUUUAAAGGCCUUGUGGCCAAAGGCCGGUCUCAAGAGAGAACUUUUGAGAAAAAGAAGGAAGAGCGCAGAUCAAAGUCAAGAAACAAGUCUAAAAAUGUCAAAAUAAGUGAGGGUUCUUUGAUUCUGUUUACUUAUGGCGAUCUGCAGCGUGCGACCAAGAACUUCUCUGAGAGGUUGGGCAAUGGUGGCUUUGGCUCUGUUUUUAAAGGGACAUUAGUUGACUCAACUGAUGUAGCUGUGAAGAAGCUUGAAGGCUUGAGACAGAAGCAAUUCCGAACCGAAGUGAGCACAUUGGCUGCUAUUCAACAUGUCAAUCUGGUUCGCCUUCGCGAUUUCUACACCGAGGGUAGCAAAAGGCUUCUAGCUUAUGAGUACAUGUCAGGAGGUUCCUUGGACUCCCUUCUCUUUCAAAACAAUUCCACAAUUUUAGACUGGAAGAUGAGGUAUCGAAUUAUUCUUGGGAUUGCGAGAGGAUUAACCUACCUCCAUGAGAAGUGCAGGGAGUGCAUCAUACACUGCGACAUAAAGCCAGACAACAUACUUCUAGACAAGGAUUUCUGUGCAAAAGUUGCAGACUUUGGCAUGGCAAAGCUCAUCGAUCGUGACUUCAGCAGGGUAUUGACAACCAUGAGGGGAACCAUUGGCUAUCUCGCACCUGAGUGGAUCUCAGGCCUACCAAUCACCUCCAAAGUGGAUGUCUACGGUUUUGGGAUGAUGCUCUUUGAGUUGAUAUCAGGCAAGCGAAAUGCAGCGCACUCUGAGGAUGGGAAUGAAAUCUUUUAUCCUUCCUGGGCUGCAAAAAAGAUCACUGAAGGCGACAUAUUUAGCUUAUUGGACCAUAGAUUGAAUGGUGCUGCGGACAUUGAAGAGCUAACCAGAGUCUGUAGAGUUGCUUGCUGGUGCAUUCAAGACUUUGAAGGUCACAGGCCAGCAAUGGGGCAGGUGGUGCACAUCCUAGAGGGAGUCCUGGAGGUGAGCAUGCCGCCACUUCCUAAGGCUCUCCAGCUUCUUACCAGAGAUCAGAGCUAAAUUGGUAAUCAAUU